CGUGUCCGGGGGUCGCGGGUUCGAUCCCCGCUCGGGCGCUCCGUGCUCCGGGCCUGUGGGGCGGCGCCGCUCCGCCCUCGGGGCGGCUCCUGCUCCGGGACCCGGGGCCUGCCCGGCCGUGUGUGCUCCGGUGCCAUGGCCGAGCCGUGCCCGGGCCUGGCCCUGCGCUUCCAGCGCCGCUUCCUGGCGGCGCGGCCGCUCCGCUCGCUGCCCUGGCCGGAACUCGAACAAAGCCUGCGGACCGCGCCGGACUCCGCGCUGCUGGCGGAUAUUCUGCACAAGACAAUUCUUCACCCUCUGUGUGUGAAAUAUCCCCCCUCAGCCAAGUACAGGAGGGGCUUCCUGACUGAGCUCAUCAAAAAGCUGGAAUCCACAGCUGCUGAACCCCUGGAUGAACUCUAUGAGGCACUGGCAGAUGUUCUGAAAGAAGCAGAAGAAUCUACUCACUGUUACAAAAACUACUUACUGCCCUCGGGGGACUGUGUGAGCCUCUGCGAGAGCACAGCGCUGAUCUCCGGGGGCACCACGGGGCUCCUCACCUGGGAGGCUGCCCUGCACCUGGCCCAGUGGGCCCUGCAGAACCCCAGCCUCUUCAGGGGCAGGACAAUCCUGGAACUGGGGAGUGGGGUUGGCUUCACUGGAAUUGCCAUCUGCAAGAGCUGCCAGCCCAGGACAUUCAUAUUCAGUGACUGCCACCCCCGUGUUCUCAGCCAGCUGGGGGAGAACCUGCAGCUGAACGGCCUCAGCCCGGAGCCUGACGGGACCUGGAGCCCCCAGACAGAGUCCCAGGGACAGGAGGGGGAAGGACAGAGCUGCCAAACCCCCAAAGUGAUUGUGGCUGAGCUGGACUGGGGCUCAGUGACAGAGAAACAGCUGCUGGCUCUCAGAGCUGAUGUUGUGAUUGCAGCAGAUGUGGUGUAUGAUCCUGAGAUAAUUGUGGCCCUCAUUGGGAUGCUACAGAAACUCUCCUCCUCCAGAGCAGACAGGAAAGCUCCUGAGGUGUUCAUUGCUUCCACAAUCCGAAAUCCAGCCACGUAUCAGCUGUUCCAGGCUGAGCUGGAUAAAGCUGGGAUCAGGUGGCAGGUGAUUCCAGCCCACAGCAGCUGUAAUUUUCUCUGUGAUGUGCAGCCAGAUGUAACUAUUCUACAGCUAUUUGUAUAACAGCAAACAGAACUGGAAUUUAGAGACCAACAGGAGCUGUGUCAGCCCUGUAACAAGAUUAUCCUGAAUUGUGGAAAGGAGGUUCUGAGGAUACAGCUGGACACAUGGAGUCCUUCCUCUAAUUCCCAGCAUGGAUCCAAGCCUGCAGCUGCCCCUGACUGAACCUCAAGCAAAGCAAACAAAAAGCCCCAAUCACACUUCACUUGGAUUCUGUAGGAGACAGCAGAAUUGAAGCAGGAUUUUUCCCAACUCUGUUGUGAUUUGUAAGUAUUGGGGGCAACCUGCAGACCACAGGGUGAGGAUCCCACACAGAGAAGGGAGCAAAGCAAUGUUUCAGAGUAAUCAAUGGCUUUUGGUUUUAAAAGCAGCUGGUGCUUUAUGUCUGUGUAUAUUUUAUGUCUGUGUAUAUUUUAUGUCUGUGUAUAUUUGCAGUUUGAGUUGGCUUAAAAACCCCCAAUAAACAGUGAGCAGUACCUGCA